AUGGCGAGCUGUUCAAGGCGCACCAAACAAUCUACAAAGUAUUUUUACCUUUUUAACUGCGAUAAAACCUGUAAUUUAGGUCAGGUGACGACGCUUCUGCGUUCAGUGGAGGGAAGAGUUGAUUUCAAGAUUAAAGUUGGGGAGCAACCGUUUAGAACUGGAAGCGAAACGACUGCCUUUAGUACAGUGGCGGAAGAAACAAUUCCUAACUUGAGAAUGGACUACGCUGUGUUUAUGGUGCAUGCAAAUGAUCAGCUUUCGUUCAAUGAAGACUGCUACGGAAAGAUAUAUAAAGCAUUAACGGAAAAAAUCGGUUCAGGUAUGUGAUUUUAGAGAAUGAAAAGAAUUUUUCAAAAAUUGUAAUUACUAAUUGCUUUGAACCAACUAAAUUGUAAUGGCUCUGGUGCAUUGUGUUGUGCGAUCUUUGAAAUUCCUAGUUUAAAGCCGUUUACAACGACGUUUAUGCUGUCAGUCAUCAAUAUUGCUGUCUGUUCGAUGCGAAACUAAAACUUAUUACAAAGCAGUCUGUUUGAAAGUGAUUUCAAAGAAUUGAAAGUGACCUUUAGAGUGUGUUUUCCAAGAAAUGUUAAGGAAACCAUCCUGUGUUUAUUUAAUUCCCCGGGUAUAAGCUGAGCUAUUGGCCUCGAACAUUGUUGCAGCAAAAUCAGGUGGUAUUUUACUCGAACUAUCACCCAGAUUACAUACGAGCUGCAUCAAUGAAUUGUUUGACUUGCUAGUUUGUUUAUUUUAAAGAAAUUCUAGCAAAUUAAAGAGUGAAGUAUUCUGUUUUGCAGCCGACAAUGUGUUAGUUGUGAUUGGUGGGGACAAGAAGUACGCGACCAGAGACGAAAAACAAAAUAAGUUCAUUUCACAAUCCGCGUUCAACGCCAUCAAAACCCAGUUUCCACUAAAAUUCAUCGAUGGAAGGCAGAGUUUCAUCUUCUCUUGGGACGAUGCUCACAGACAAAUUCACGAAGAAGCACUGUUACAUUACUUUGAUCGAAGCAAAAGAGGACAAAAGUUUGAGUACCAACAGAGAAGCCAACCUACAGAAAACGUCGCAGGGGUAAGUUAAAAAUUUAUUUGUGCAUCAUUCCUUAGACGCCACUACCGCGUGAUAAACAGAGACACAAGUCGCGCAUGCAGUAUAUACUUCCCAAGAUUUCUCGCGCGCCUGGUGGGGUGUUUAGGCAGAGCUCGUUCCCGCUCCUUUCUCUUCCUCAUCACCUCAAUGCUUAAUUUGCUUGGAGUUCGCAAAGUUUUUUUCGCAUUCAUGAUUUUACGUGCAUUUUAGGCUGAAGAAACCGCCAAUGUCCAAGUAGAACCUACUCACCAUAGAAGACAGAGGAGAGCAAGAAGUAUGCCAACCUCCUCAUCGCAACCUGCGACGACCGAUGGAAGAAGACAAGCUAGCGCUGAAGGUAUCUGAGAUAUCAUAGAGGCAGGACAGGGAAACAUGGAUAAUGAUCAGUUUUUCCGGCAAAAUGGCGUACAAGAAUACUUUUUCUACAAUGUUUUAUUAGUGAGUUAUAACGAUGUGACAAUUUCAAAAUGAAUUAGCUUAACUGGAAAUUACAAACAGAAUAAUCAGGUAAAACUGCACAACGGGGAAGCAUAACAACUACAACAAAACAACAAGAAACACAAACCCAGAAGAAUCGAAAAUCAGAACAGACAUUAAAAAACUGACUUAUUGAACAAACAAAUUUAACAAAACAAACAAAAAGAAUGAAAACCAAUAAGACAAAAAUAGUCAAACAAUAUGGUAUGGAGGAAACGUGAUUUUUGGCAAGACUGAUAAGAAAAGGCCAGGAACGGCCACAUGUACCGGUCUUACGAAAAACUAGACAAAAGUGAAGAAACAAAAGGGCUGGUGUACAUGUACAGUCUUACACUUACCCGGAAAAAAAACAACAAACAACAAACUUAGCCCGGAUAUGGCAUUGCUACCUCUGUCCCUCUCCCCGCCCCACUCCACUCUCCGCCCCCCAACUUUCCGACCCUUUAUCGGGUACAGGGAAGGUUUUGUUUAGGAAGAGGAGGGUGGCUCGUGUACACAGCUUACGACAUAACCUUUAAGAUCCGAACCCACACACAUUGAAGGAGACGAGUGUUUUCUGCGGCACCCUUCCCCUCCCCCUCUAACAAAAAAAUUUUUUUCUUUUUCUCACAUGUAUACAUAUAUUUUUACAACAGGCUCAUCACCAGCUUCCCCUCCAAGUGGAACUGUCUUGUUAUCAACUAGAAUUUGUAAUGGCGUUAUCUCUUAUGAGCAAGGUGACGCGAGAUUUUGGAAUAACAACAGAGCUUGGCGGGCCCCAGAUGAUGUGGCGGAAGCAUUGAGGGAGAGGUGGGCAUUAACAGCCUACGCUACGGUGGAGUUUAUAGUUGAUGAUAAUGGUGUGGCCAAACCGACAGUCAGGGUCACUUUAGCUGACAAUAUUUGGAAUAAUUGUUCAGUAUCCUAG